CCAGAUAAUAUGAAAUUUUGUUUCUUUCUUAAUUAUUUAUGCACUGGAGAAAUGAAUACUUUCUUCAGGGGGAGCACUGGGCCUAAAUUCCUUCGACAUCUUUCUAGAACAAGAGAAAGUGCUCUCCUGAUCGUGAAGAUAGAGAUUAAGAAGGAGUUUUAUUCAUGAAUGGUUUAAGAAAUGUUUUUGUCCAGAUGUUUUGUGUGAAGGCAUCCAGUUCCGCACUUACGGCAAAUCCUGCUUCUAGCAGAAAGGACUCACAAGGCUCCUGUUGGAUGGAAGCAGCACUGGGUUUUUACUCAGUGGAGAGUAUGAUUAUUUAAAGAGAUGCUGCAUUCCACAGACGUUUCCGAAGACCACAACAAAGGCCAUCUGUGGAAAAGAGGGAAAAAAUGAAAUACCUAUCCUUAAUAUUUUUCAUGAGUUUAUUACCACAAUAUGCUGGCAAGUCUCUGAGCGGAGAUGGCAGUCACCCAAAAACAUUUGAAGAUAUUAAAAAUGAGAUAGCUGGCUAUUCUGAUAUUGCUAAAGCUAUUAUUGAUCUUGCUGUUCACGGAAAAGCUCAGAACAGAUCCUACGAAAGGUUAGCGGUUUUCGCUGAUACCGUAGGACCUAGACUCAGCGGUUCGAAAAAUCUAGAUGCAGCCAUCAAGUAUAUGUUCAGUGCCCUGCAGAAAGACGGGCUGGAAAAUGUGCACCUGGAGCCUGUGAAAGUGCCUCACUGGGAAAGAGGAGAAGAGCUUGCCAUGAUGCUGGAACCGAGGAAUCACAGCAUCGCUAUUCUGGGACUCGGGAGCAGUGUUGCAACUCCUCCAGAAGGAAUUACAGCGGAAGUUAUAGUGGUAGCCUCUUUUGAUGAACUGCACAGAAGAGCUCAAGAGGCCAAGGGGAAGAUUGUUGUCUACAACCAGCCUUUCGUCAGUUAUGGUGAAACUGUGCGGUACAGAUCGCAGGGAGCUGUGGAAGCUGCAAAAGUCGGAGCAGUGGCAUCCCUCAUUAGAUCCAUUGCUUCUUUUUCUAUCGAUAGCCCACAUACCGGGUGGCAGAAUUAUCAGUCUGGCAUACCCCGGAUUCCCACUGCUUGCAUCUCUGUGGAAGAUGCUGAAAUGAUGUCACGAAUGUCUUUGCGGGGCACUAAGAUUGUUGUGUACCUGAAGAUGGGGGCCAGGACCUAUCCAGACUCUCCUUCCUUUAACACUGUGGCAGAGAUAGUUGGAAACAAGUACCCAGAGCAGAUUGUAUUGGUCAGUGGACAUCUGGACAGCUGGGAUGUUGGGCAGGGAGCUAUGGAUGACGGUGGUGGAGCAUUUAUAUCAUGGGAAGCAUUAUCACUCAUUAAGGAUCUGGGACUUCGUCCAAAAAGAACUCUGCGCAUGGUGCUAUGGACAGGAGAAGAACAAGGAGGAGUAGGUGCUGAGCAAUACUACCAGUUGCACAAGGAAAAUAUCUCCAACUUCGAUAUCGUCAUGGAGUCUGAUGAGGGCACCUUCAAGCCAUCUGGGCUGGCUUUUACUGGAAAUGCUAAAGCUCGUGACAUCAUCAAAGAGAUCAUGGCUCUGCUGCUGCCUAUCAACAUUACAGAUGUUUUCGACAACGCAGAUGGAACAGACAUCGAUUACUGGAUGAGGGACGGGGUGCCCGGUGCCAGCUUGCGUGAUGACCUCAGUAAAUACUUCUGGUUUCAUCAUUCUCAAGGGGACACGAUGACAGUUCAGGAUCCAAACCAGAUGAAUCUCUGUGCUGCUGUUUGGACUGUUGUCUCCUAUGUAAUUGCUGACAUGGAAGAGAUGUUGCCAAGCUCCAACCACAUCUGGUGUUCUGAGAACCUGAAGGGUGAGAGACCAGCACCUGGAGUCAGGAGAGGCCUGAGAUGUCAGAGGAUGAGGUCAACGUGUGGCCUGCACCACGCAACACUGCACACCACAUCUCCUGCGGCUUCCCUUGUGAGACAUUCCUCAGCCCAGGGACAGCAUCCACAUGAAGCAGAGCAUUACUGAAAGCUCUGAGGAGCUUUUUUAUGUUUGCCCACCUCAGUAAAUCAAAGACAGCACCGUUCCUCACAUGGAUGUCAUUUAAAUUAAGUGGAGAUCUAAGACACCCUCUGAACAAACUUGGGAGGAGUCAGUGAGACUCAAAAGGAGCAUUAAACAAAUAAUAAACUUCUUUCGACUAAGGAGGAUUAGAGUCAAAUGCUCAAACAAAGGACAGCAGGGACUUAAGCAAAAUUAUAUUUUCCAUUUGUCUUUCUACACCAAACCCCAGGGCAACAAUCUCAGACUGCACAUUUUGUAACUUUAAAGGAGCCUCAGCAGUUUUAUUUCAUCUCAAGCAUGGUGGAAGCAAAACUUGUGAAAAGGGACCCAGACAAAGCUAUUGAAGUUCAGUUCAAUCACGUGCUUUGGAGGAAAGCUGUGUGAUACAAAAGGAAACGUUCUCAGAAUCAUCUAAAAAGUGACUCUGGAGUCCAACACCAUGCUGGGGACCUGUCCUUUACAGCCAUUUUGGAGCUUUUGGAAAUGUUAACCAUCCAAUUUUGUGUGGAUAUUUCUCCAUCACUCAGGACUAGGAGAUAUUAAAGGAAAAGUGAGAAGAUUGCUUUCACAAAGCUCUCCCAAAGAUGAAUUCAGCCUCAGAAGCAGGAAGCAGCCAAGGAUAUACCUUUCACCUAGAGAGGAGGAAGGUAUCAUCCCAAACUGAACCUCCAGGCUGCCUGCAAGCAUGUGCUUUCUGCAAAAGUCAACCUGAACCUUAUUCUCAAAGGAAUUCAGCUGCUAUUGGAAAUCCCACACCAGCUCAGGAAGGACAUUCCUAAAUUAAUACAAUUUUAAGAACUUCCAGCUUCAACAAGUUACUGGUGGUGAAUUGAUAUAAUAGCAUGAAUAACAUUGAAAGCUGAAGAGCUUUCAAUUACCAUACAUAUGCCAACAGAAAGAAUGAAAACUAUGAAUUGUAUGUGGGAAAGCUGAACUGGGAUGAGUCAGCAAUGAGUUGACAAAAUGUAUAUUUGUAACGGGGAUUCACACACCUCUGUUUGCUACUGCUGGGUCUGCUUUUUGCCAUUCCUCACACCGCCCCUGUCUUUUCCUUGCAUGUUCCUGCCUGGCCAAGAGAAGUUCAAGGGCAACUGCUUAAUGGUACAAAAGGGAAUGAAGGAAGUGGAGAAGGAGUUUGAACGUGGCUGAUCCUGCCAAAAGGAUGAGCUGUGUUCUGGAAAAAAAAAAAAAAGGUGCAGAGUCACCAGCCAAAGAAAGAGAUGGAGGAGAUGUCUUCUUCAUCCUUUUGGCAUACAGGCUGUCUUAAUGCUUUCCUGCCUUCCUUUGCAUAAUGGCACCGGAAACCUGUAACGUAUUUACUGCCAUUGGAAAUGCUGAGCCUGAGCACUGGGGAUGUGUGGGACAAUGGAGACACCACAGAGCUGAAGCUGUGAAUGCUGACACUGAAUGAGUUGCCAAAGCUUGCCAUGAAUAAUGUAAGAAUAGCUCCAACCCUUUUCCUGCCCGAGCGGGUAGGUUUGAAUGAAUUCAGUGCUAAUGUGCUCUCUGACAGCAUAUGCUGCCAACUGUAUUUUCAUGGGGUAUAGUGGGAAAACUUAAAAUCAGCCAUCAGAGCUAAACUGCUCCCCAUUUCUCUGCAAGAUUGUUACUGCUGAGCAUAAAUAUGCAUAUGAUAAAAAUGGUCAUUUUUUCUGAGCAGAAUGACUGCAGGUAGCUUACAAUCAGUGCUGGAUGCUGGUAGUGCAGUGAGAACUUUCCCUGCAUCUCCCCUGCUGGCAUCUCCCAAUAGAAACUGUAUUCAAACCCACUUCUGCAAACAAAUUGCUGUCGCUCUGUGAGCAGCACUUUUGCUGGUGCUUUCAGAACGUGCUGUGGCAUGCUGUCAUCUCUGUGGAAAUACACAGAAAGGGGCUGGUGUGCCUCUAUCACUCUGCCCUUUUCACUGGAAAU